UUCGCUAACUCAAGAACGCUAUUUUGUCUCCUCUCUUUUCCCCAAAAAAAAUCAAAAUCAUUUCUUCUUCAUUUUUUAUCUUUUCCGACACGUUUGUCAAACAGAUGGUGCUCGCUUAACGAACUUUAACCAGCGCCCUCGGGGACGACUCUCUCUAGCUUUGUUCUCCGAUUAGAAAGGAGGAAAACGAGAUCCUAGCCGAGUGUGAUGCAAGUAGAGCGAGAGGAACAUGGAAGGAGUUGAGCUGGAACUAGAGAGAAGAAGCAAGUUCUUGAACAGCUUGAUACAGCAGAAGAAGAAGGCUAAAGAGCAGCAGGACCUGAUAGGCGAGUUCAAUGUUCGUGUCAGAGCUUCCGAUAUGCCUCUGGUUGUGCAGAACAGGGCCUUCGGUUUGUCGCGUGACCUCUUGAACGCCACUCCUGGAAAGGCCGACAACAAAAGACUCGCUCUCGCCCUUAAAAAGGACUUUGAUUCAGCCUAUGGCCCUGCAUGGCACUGCAUAGUUGGGACCAGCUUUGGUUCGUACGUCACGCAUUCCAUUGGAGGAUUCAUAUAUUUCCAGAUCGACAAGGUUUAUGUUCUUCUUUUCAAGACUGCAGUGGAGCCCUUAUAGAUCUCUCACCAAUGAGAUAAUGUUGAUCCAUCUUCUUCAAGUAGUCCCCCCUCCCUUUUCUAUUUCCACUGUCCCUUAUUAUUCACACUUUAUUUAAUUUCGAGUUUGAUGCAAAUUAAGAAUAUGUUUUUUUUAGCACUGAAUCAAUUCAUAUUAAACAAAUGUUUGGGUA